AUGAACAACCACACAUCAGUGAAAGAGUUCAUUCUUCUUGGAUUGACAGAUGAUGUUCAGCUUCAACCUGUGCUUUUCCUUUUCCUGCUACUAACUUAUGUCUUAAGCAUUAUGGGGAAUUUGACCAUCAUUGUUCUAACUCUGCUAGAUCAUAGACUCCAGAGCCCUAUGUAUUUUUUCCUCAGAAAUUUUUCCUUUUUGGAAAUUUCCUUUACCUCUGUGUUUGUUCCCAAAAUGUUAGUCAAUAUUGGAACUGGAGACAAGACUAUUUCCUUUGUUGGUUGCUUCACUCAGUAUUUUUUUUCUAUCUUUCUGGGAGCCACUGAAUUUUACCUCCUAGCUUCCAUGUCCUAUGAUCGCUAUGUUGCCAUCUGCAAACCUUUGCAUUACACAUCGAUAAUGAGCAGGAGAUUGUGCCUUCAACUUGUCCUUUGUUCCUGGUUCUUUGGGUUUUUAGUUGUCAUUGUGCCACAUAUAAUGACUCUCCAGCUGUCCUUCUGGGCAUCCAAUAUUAUCAAUCAUUAUUGCUGUGACUACACUAUAUUGUUGCGUUUGUCCUGCUCAGACACACAUUUCAUAGAAGUGAUUGAGUUUAUCCUUGCUGGGAUGACACUUAUAUUCACAUUAGUGUUAGUUUGUCUAUCUUACACAUAUAUUAUCAGGACGGUUCUUAGAAUCCCUUCUGUUCAGCAAAGAAAUAAAGCGUUUUCUACUUGUUCUUCUCACAUGAUUGUGCUGUCACUUUCUUAUGGGAGCUGUAUCUUUAUGUUUUUGAAUCCUUCCGUUGAGGAUGCAGCCAAUUUUAAUAAGGGUGUAGCUUUGCUGAAUACUUCAGUUGCCCCUCUGUUGAACCCAUUCAUCUAUACCCUAAGGAACCAGCAAGUGAAAAUUGCUUUUGAAGAUAUGAUUGGUAAGAUGAAAAGUGGUAUUUUCCAUGAAAGUGGAACUACUUGA